AGUGAGAAGGGGAAGGGAUGCGCAUUGCGCACCCGUGGGGCGGGCGUGCGGAGUGAGACUUGGGUCCUCUCUGAGGAGAAUGCUUUCAACUGAAUGGAGGAAACGCGCCACGCCAACUCCGCUUCCGACAAAACACUCCCCUGUUCUCCUCUGCCCCUUUUCAUUCCUCAACCCCACACUCAAAAUUACCCAAGAAAAAUAAUUUUUAUUUUUAUUUUUUUAUUUUUGUUCAUCUUCAAACUUCUACAUUCAGUCAAUCCUUCAUUCCCUCCUCUUCUUUCUCCUUCUUCUAACCCUAAUCUGAAUUUUCAGUGUACGCUGGUUGCUCCAGAGGACAGCCAAGCUCCCCCCACAGGUAUUUGGUUUAAGCUGUUUGUUGGUUUUACAUGGCACUCGCAGCAUCAAAUUGUGCGCCCAGAGGACCUAAAUCAGGGUUCACAAAUGAUGCUCUGUACAAGGAACUUUGGCAUGCUUGUGCGGGACCAUUGGUUAAUGUGCCUCGUCAAGGGGAGCGUGUAUAUUACUUUCCUCAAGGCCAUAUGGAACAGCUUGAAGCAUCAAUGCAUGAAGGUCUGGAAGAACAGAUGCCUUCAUUUAAUUUGCCAUCUAAAAUCCUCUGCAAAGUUGUUAAUAUUCAGCUCCGGGCUGAACCAGAAACAGACGAAGUUUAUGCACAAAUUGCUUUACUACCUGAUUCAAAUCAAAGUGAGAUAACUACGCCAGAUCCUCCUCUUCCGGAACCUGAAAGAUGUAGAGUCCAUUCAUUUUGCAAGACACUCACUGCUUCCGACACAAGCACCCAUGGAGGAUUCUCUGUUCUUCGAAGGCAUGCAGAUGAAUGCUUGCCACCACUGGAUAUGUCUCAGAAUCCUCCAUGGCAAGAAUUAGUUGCGAAAGAUUUGCACGGAAAUGAGUGGCAUUUUCGUCAUAUUUUUCGAGGGCAACCUAGACGCCAUUUGCUUACAACUGGGUGGAGUGUGUUUGUUAGUUCCAAGAGACUAGUAGCAGGAGAUGCAUUUAUAUUCCUGAGAGGUGAAAACGGAGAAUUGCGUGUUGGUGUACGGAGGCUUUUAAGACAACUCAGCAAUAUGCCAGCAUCUGUAAUAUCCAGUCAUAGCAUGCAUGUUGGAGUCCUUGCUACUGCAUCUCAUGCCAUUACUACUGGCACCCUAUUCUCUGUUUUCUAUAAGCCAAGAACAAGUCCAUCUGAAUUUAUUGUGAGUGUCAACAAAUAUCUUGAAGCUCAGAAUCACAAGUUUUCUGUUGGGAUGAGAUUUAAUAUGAGAUUUGAGGGUGAUGAAGCUCCCGAAAGGAGGUUCAGCGGGACAAUAAUUGCUGCUGGGGGUCCUGAAUCAUCAAGAUGGGCUGAUUCUGAAUGGAGAUCCUUAAAGGUCCAAUGGGAUGAACCUUCAGCUAUUUUAAGGCCAGAAAGGGUAUCACUGUGGGAAUUGGAGCCAAUUGCGGAAGCUACUCCUUCAAUGUCUCAAUCUGUGCAAAGGAGCAAACGGACACGUUCACCUACUCUGUCUUCACCAGCACGAGAGCUUUCGGCUUCUGGCAUUUGGAAAUCACCUGUUGGGUCUUCAUCGGAUCCAUCAUGUUCCCAUUCACGGGAUCUGCAACCAUCAUUGAGAUUAAGAACCAUAGUGUCCUCAACUUUAAAUGCCCAUCCUCUUGGGCUAACAGGAAAUGGUUCUGCUACUGCUGUUUCCAGCAAUCCAGCAUAUUGGUCUCAACAAUUAGAGACUCGAGCAGUGUCUGCUACCUGCGCUGCUAAUAAAGAGAUUGGCAAAAAAAAGCAACCAGAAGUUAGCAAUGGAUGCAGGCUGUUUGGUGUCCAGCUGGUUGACAGUUGCACUACAGAAGAGGCCUUGCCUGUGAUGACAAAAACCGCCAGAGCAGCCAGGGAUCAGCCACUUUCAUCUUUAGAUGGUGACUCUGACCAGCAAUCUCAACCUUCAAAUACUAGUCAAUCUGGCAUUCCUGCAGUAAGCAACGAUCCGGAGAAAUCUUGCCUGAGAUCUCACCUUGAUGUGCAAAGCAGGCAAGAUAGCAGGCAAACACGAAGCUGCACUAAGGUUCACAUGCAAGGAAUUGCUGUUGGAAGAGCUGUGGAUUUGACACAGUUAAAUAGCUACAAAGAGCUGCUCUCAAAACUUGAAGAGAUGUUUGAAAUUAGAGGUGAGCUGUGUGGAUCCACAAAGAAAUGGCAGGUCGUCUACGCCGAUGAUGAGGACGACUUCAUGAUGGUUGGAGAUGAUCCCUGGCCUGAAUUCUGCAGCAUGGUGAGGAAGAUCUUCAUAUACACAGUGGAAGAAGCCAAGAGGCUAUCUUCAACAACAAAAUUUCCAGUGAAGGGAGAGCUCAAACCAAGCAAGUCCAAUUCUAAUAUCAUAAUCAGCUCUGAUGACCAAUCACUUUUGGCAGGGCCGGCCUUUUGACACCAUAUUUCCAUUCUCCUUUUCUACUUUUACUCUGGAGCUGAAGGUGGUGAAGGAGAAGACUGUUGGCCAAUGACUCAACAGCCACUUGGUUCUACAAAAAUAUGAAAUAUGGCUUUGCUCAUGCUGCAGGGGCAGCUGAAGAAUGUUGCAUUAAUUUGCAGUUUAGCAGGUUUCAUUUGUGUUUUGAAAGUAGCUGGUCAAGGGAAAGAAAAAAGUAGCUCUGCCAGCAAAUCUUUUUUUUCACUGCCUGCCUGGAGGGACAUGGUCUGAGACUCAAGGGUAGGUCAUCUAGCAAGAACAGUAGCCAGGUUAUCCAUAAAAUAGCUGCCAGCAUAUUGUGUAAAAGCAUAGCAUAGGGAGGAAAAUUUUGAUAUAGUCUUUAGUUUUCUUGUAGUAAUGGAAUCUCUUACCGAUAUUAAAAAUUUUUCUUGCACAUUUUUCUUUUCCAGUCCAACAAUGUAAAUACUCCUUGGGUAGUGUUAGUUGGGAAGUGUCUCCUGAUCUGUAAGGGAGUUUGAUCUAUUAUUUUAGGUGUUAUAUUAAUGCAUUUAUCAUCAAA